AUGUCUGUUGCUUACGGUGACAUCCUCUCGCGUCUCGCUGGGCCCUCGUCUUGGUCUUCGCAAGAUGAAUCGAGUGUGCUAGAGCCCUACACCUAUAUCACCGCGAAUCCAGGAAAGGACUUUCGAAGCAAGCUCAUGGCGGCAUUUAAUACUUGGAUCAAUGUCCCCCAACCAAAGCUGAAGCAGAUCGCAAAGGUCGUUAGUAUGCUGCAUAAUGCCAGCCUCAUGAUCGACGAUAUCGAAGACGAUUCCCAGCUGAGACGAGGCCAGCCAGUGACCCACAAGAUCUACGGAAUCCCACAAACCAUCAAUACCGCCAACUAUAUUUACUUCCUCGCGUACCAGGAACUGUUGACGCUCUCCGGACCAGACUCGAGUCCUACGCAGACAGAGCUCAUCGGGAUCAUAACAUCAGAGCUGCUUUCUCUCCAUCGCGGCCAAGGGUUGGAACUCCUUUGGCGUGACUCUCUUACUUGCCCGACAGAAGAGCAGUACAUCGAUAUGGUCAACGACAGCGAGUGGUUCAAUGUAGACGGGCGGUCUCCUUCGUAUCGGUAUCAAGCUACUGAUGGCUUGUGGUACAACCAACCUGGACUUGUGCGUGUUAGUCGAGAAACCGACCCUUUUCUCACAGCUAAUAGGGACUACGUUCCUCUGGUCAAUCUUAUCGGUGUCUACUUCCAGAUCCGAGACGACUACAUGAACCUGCAAAGUAAAGAGGUGCAACUCAAAAAACAUCACUUUCAACUACGCCUAAUUACCCCGCAGUAUACAUCAAAUAAAGGUUUCGCGGAGGACCUCACCGAGGGCAAAUUUUCAUUCCCUGUCGUUCAUGGCAUUCAAGCAGACAAAUCCAAUAGACAACUGCUGAGUGCGCUACCUGCUUUCAUCGGUUUGUUGCAACUAAAGGUCUACCCAGAUACCCUUCAAAAGCGACCCAAGACACCAACACUGAAGAGUCAUGCAAUAUCGUAUCUCGAAGUUCACACCAAGUCCUUCGAAUAUACUCGUUCGGUAUUGGCGUCCCUUGGAAAACAAAUGCGGGCAGAAGUGGCGAGACUAGGCGGGAAUGAGGGACUCGAAGCUAUCAUGAACUCACUUGCAUUAGAGUAA